GAGAGAGAGAGAGAGAGAGAGAGAGAGAGAGAGAGAGAGAGAGCUGCCAAUGAGAAAAGUUUACUAGUUCUUCCCCCUCACAACCCCACAGCUGAGGGCAUUGAUGUGAGCUCAGAGCUUUCUGAUUUUUACGCACACUUCUUUCCCCCCCACACCUCUCUCACUCUCACACACACACCAACCAAACACCAAACACAUCCCACCUUUUAGUUUUAGCAAAGCAAUCUAUUUGUCUUCCACACACUUUUUUCUUUUCUUUCUCCUCCUCCUUUUUUUGGGGUUUCAUGAAUGAUUCUCUCUCGCAAUACUUGCAAGAUUUCCUUGGACACCUCUCCGUCCUUUUACGCACGACCUCCGCACCAGCUCGGCCCUUCUCCUCCCAGACUCGGGCUCCGACGGCUCCAGGACUUCCACUGCAGCUUCAGCAGGACUUGGGGGAAAUAUCCACCGACCAGGAAAAGCCUGAUCCUGAAGGCAGCAGCUGAAUCCGCAGGAGAGACCGCAGACAUGAGCCUGAAAACGGACGCAGAGCCGAACAACAACGUCUCCAUCGAGGAGGAGGUACGAACACUGUUUGUCAGCGGCCUCCCGGUCGACAUCAAACCACGGGAACUUUACCUUCUCUUCAGACCUUUUAAGGGUUAUGAAGGGUCACUGAUUAAGUUAACAUCAAAACAGCCUGUCGGGUUUGUAACCUUUGACAGUCGCACUGGAGCCGAAGCUGCCAAAAAUUCUCUAAAUGGAAUCCGUUUUGACCCCGAAAGCCCCCAGACCCUGCGCUUAGAGUUUGCUAAAGCCAACACGAAGAUGGCAAAGAGUAAGCUGAUGGCCACACCGAACCCCACAAAUAUCCACCCUGCUCUAGGAGCUCACUUCAUUGCACGGGACCCAUAUGACCUGACAGGGGCGGCGCUGAUCCCAGCGUCUCCGGACGCCUGGACUCCGUACCCCCUGUACACCACGGAGCUGACCCCAGGCCUCCCUCACGCAGCCUUCACGUACCCAGCGGCCGCUGCCGCUGCUGCAGCCCUCCACGCCCAGGUGAGGGACCAACCGAUGCGCUGGUACCCGACGCCCUCUGAGACUUCCCAGCCUGGAUGGAAGUCCCGGCAAUUUUGUUAGAUUUUUAGCCUCUGGAAACCACACCUUUGUCCAGCCGAAGUGAGGUUUGCCAAGCUCUUCAUUAAUUUAAUCAGGUUUAUUUAAUGGACAAAUGUGCAUUAUUAUAAACAAACAGUAUUUAUAUCUCCUCCCGAUUGUCUCUGGGGGGAGUCUGAGUUGAAACCAUCUUGCUGUCGACAAUCUGAGCUUAUCCUUGGCAACUAUUGCGGUACCAUCUUAGCACUUCAAAUAAAAAAAUAAAAAGAAGAAUUAAAAAAAAAGAACCUCAUGCAAAAAGCCUAGUUAAAAUGUCAUGGAUCAUAACUGCUGAGGAAAAAUGAGGCAUUGAAGUUACCGUUGUUAAGCUAGUCCUCUCGUGGAGUCCCUGGUACUCCUGAGAGGUUUAGAAGCGUUAAGAGUCAUUGCAUGUUAGUCUUUAUGGCAUGAAUUUAGAACGCAGAGUUCUGUGUAUCCUAAUUUACUUAGUGUUUGUGUUGCCUCUUUACCCUUUUUUGGCCUAGACAGCGAAAUGUUUUGUUUUUCCUGUAGAACCUUGGUCUUACCUCUGUGAAAGCUGGGCUGUUGUGUAAAAUGGCUUAUCUCGCAUGGACCUCGUGAAUGCGUCCCUCCGUUCUAUAUGACAACCCCAUGUCCUUACCAAUCAUAUCAGUGUCUGUCAUUAUUUGAGCAAAAAAGUAAAGUACAAGUAUUUUUGUACUUUUUUUUUGCGUAAUGUAUAUUUAUGCAUUUUUGUGCAACUAAAAAAAAAAUAAUGAACCUGUAUAAGUUGGAUGUUUAGUCGUCUCUUGUGUUUUUCGGUGUUACUUUUUGAUCCUAUAAUCCUGUUGACGUAGUUUUAAAGAAGGAAAAAAAGUGCAAUUUGUUUAAAGGGGGAAAGGGGUAUCGGUCAAAAAAAUGGAAGUAUUCUGAACGUGGCUUGUGCCGUUCUGCUUAAAAAUGAGAUUGCUGUAAAAACGGAUCUUUCAGAAUGUGAAACUGGACUACAAACGUAAAAGGUUGUUUAUUUUCUUGGGGGCGGCCAUUUUGAAAUGGGAAGCAGGAUCUGAGCGAUGGAGGAAUUUAGUUUGUGGUUUAGAAACAUGUUUGUCUUUGUAUCUGCUGUGCAUAAGAUGUAAAAAUAAAAUAUUGCCAUCUUAUGAAUAAUAAAAAAAGAAGUGAAUG